ACGCCGACCCAGCGUGCAGACGCUCGCUGACGCCUGCCACUUGUACACCUAGAGCAGUUGGUAGAAAGAUGAAAACAGUUGCACCGGAGAGCACUGAGGAACAGUGGAAUAUCACUUAAACAACAAUCAAACAAUCAAAGGACGACAACCCUGGAGGAGCCAGAGACAGAGACCACACAGCACGAGCAUGAGGCCACGAUGAGCAGUGCUCGGGAUGGAACGGAGGAGAACUCCGCCAACGCCAGUGCAAAUGCAAACACCAGCCUCAACAGCACCACCAGCGAUGAGCUGGAGUGCAAAAUCUGCUAUCAGCGCUACAACGCACACAGCCGCCGGCCCAAGAUUCUGGACUGCCUGCACCGCGUGUGCGGCAGAUGCCUCAAUAAAAUCCUGGACAUGGGCGACGGCUCUAGCUCCAUUAGCUGCCCUUUCUGCCGUCAUGAAACGCAGGUCUGCGAGUACGAAGUGGCGGGACUCCCAGAUGACUCAAACAUCAUGUCCCGUCUGACAGUGCGGGACAAGUCCUGGAGCUCGGACCACAGUAAGGAGGUAGUGCUGACACCCAAGAGCCUGUCCUCAGAUGAGAGCACCUCCCACGACUCCUCCAACUGCCUGGUCAUCACCAUCAUGGAGGUGCAGCGGGACCAGCAACGUUCGCCCAGCCAAAAUGCCAGUUCCGAUUACUACGGAGAGCACAGUCUGGACUCUGUUUCUGUAGCAUCCAACAGCGCAGCGGUUGACCAAGACGCGCUCUCCAAGUUCUGUAAUCACGUGCCGCGGGUCCUGGUGUGGCUGUUGGGCUUUUUCUACUUUGGUUCGCUGCCGCUUGGCAUCUAUUUGCUAGUGAUCCAGAGAGUGACUCUGGGGAUCGUGUGUGUGAGCUUGGUGCCAUCCAGUCUCACAGUCUGUCUGGUCUACGGCUUUUGCCAGUGUCUGUGCCAGGGUAUGUGUGACUGCUCCAACAGGGGGUGACUGGAAUAAAAUACACCGGUGGAAAAUCAUAGGCUACUUCAUCGUACCACACUGAGAAGAGAAAACAUAAGCUCCCUGAAUCUCCUUGCUGCAAAUAAAAUGGAAUUGGUGCAAUCUUGCUUUAAAGGGAUGUCCACAAGCAGCUUUGAUAAGAAGGCUGUGAAGCAUUAAACAAAAAGGUCAGCCUGGAGGUUAGACUAUUAGUUUAAACAGUCUCAGCACACACCCCUCCAGCCCUAAAACAUUGUGGGGUAAACAGUUGACCCAAAAUGUUCCAAUGCAGAUCAGAUGUGAUUCUUGAGGGGGAGUUUCUCAAAGGACUUGGAGGGAAGCUUUACAUGUAUAGCAAAGCAUAGCAAACGUCCAUAAUAGGUUUCACUGUGGAUAAUUCUCAUUGCUGUGAAAUAAACUGCGUGCCCUGAUUCACUCAGCCAUUAUAAUAAGGCUCCACGAGCAGAACUGUUACAAUUUAAGACUGCUCGAUUGUGUCUUGUUAAAAACUGUUAGGUAUUACAAAGUGAAAGGGUGGGAAGCCACUUGGGUAAAAAGGAA